AUGCUGUCAUCUCUAAAUCAAGUUAGAUGUGGCCAUUAUAUUACAAAGGUCAAUGUUGCCAAAUACGAGAAGAAACCCAACCCUAAGUUGACGAGAAAACCGAUCAGUAGGGAUGUACCUCCCUCAAAUAAAAAGCCUGCUGGCGGAUGGAACAAAAAGUAUGAUGGCAGAUCUUUUGCUGAUGCAGUUACCGGGAGACGUGAUGCAACAAAAUCCUCUUCAUCGAUUCUGACCAAGGCUAUUAUACUCAAUCGUGUAGCGGUGAUGGAAAUUCAAUCGACACUUAUGGGGGAGGUCAACUGCUUUCAACUUCUCAGUAAUCUUCUGAAACUGAUUAACGCCGACGGGAACAUUCCUUGUUACGUGUUCUAUGCAGGCGGUCUAAAGGCCAUCCUAAAAUUCUCAUCGGGAAGUAAGGCGGAAGGUUACUUGAACAGCAAACACUCUUGGAACAGAUGGUUCAAGUGGCUCAAGUUGGGUAUUAUGGAGGACGUGCAAUUUGAAAGGGUUGCCUGGGUCAAAAUUAUCGGGCUUCCAAUUCACCUAAGAUCAGAAGAGAAUGCAAGUCUGAUUGUUAGUAAUUUUGGUAAGGUCAUUGAAGUGGAUGGAUGUCAAAACUGGUGCAACAUUGACUUAUCUUCUUCGUAUGCAAGAAUUCUUACAUCAACCAGAAAAUUAAUCAAUGAAGAAGUUAACUGCUCCUUCAAUGGAAGAAUACACUCUGUGGGUGUGGUCGAAUGCGAGGAUAUAUGGAAGUCGUUCUCCAAAUAUUACGAAUCCGACUCCGAAACUUCCAAUCACGAUUCUGAGAAGUACAGAGACGUUGAAGAAGGUGAUUUGGAGUUGUCUGAUACUGAAGACGAGGGUAUAUCAGAAACUUGGGAAAACAACAUUGGCGAUCAACACGAUGUAGAAGAAGGCGAAAUAGUUAUGGAAUAUGUGGAGAAUAACGUUCCAGAAGGCGCCGAUGAUCAUGAACCUUCACUAUCGCCGGCGACAUCGAAGAAGAUGAAGGUAACUGCUGGAACUCCAACUACUGCAAUUAAUUCGGAACUUGGAAAGCCGCCUAUAGAGCACGUGAAAACUAAUGAUGCAAAUCCCAAUAAGGAUAAUAAUGUUGGUGACGGCACAGUAGCGGGUGUAAAAUCGGAUCUUGAAUCUCGCCCCAUGCCCUCUAUCAGGCUUAACUUUAAAAAUGCAGCCCACACUCCUUCUGGCCCACCAAUAAUACAUACGGUUACGGAUGUUGGUAUAUCUGGCUCUGACUUUGGGGGAUCACAUUCCAAAAAAAGAAAAUUAGAUGAUAUUCACAGAAGUAAUCUCGCCUUUUCGCUGACUCCUCGAAGAUUAGUAAAUGAAUUCACUGAUCCAGUCUUCUCAGCUCAGCUCCGCUGCCUUCUCUUCCUCAUUUUUCGAUUUCGGUUAAUGCUCGGAACCCAAUCAUCGAUUUAA